AUGGAGAAGAAAUUGAUUGUCUUGGCUAGGGAGAUGGAAAAGCUUCGUGUGGAGAUUGCAAAUACAGUGAAAAGUGCACGUGCUUCUGCUGUUGCUAUUACUGUCGUAGAAAAUCUAAGUAUAAAAUUGGGCAUCAAAAACCAAGUUAACAUUCACACUUUGGAUACUGAUUAUUGGAGAAGAAUUCAAGAUUUUCCAUGUUCCCAUCUCAUUUGUACACCUGGAAUAUUUGUGGAUGAUACUCUAAAUUGGUUUGCAUAUGAUCCUUAUUUACCUAAACUUAUUGUUUCUCUUGAUUUAGAGAAGGAGUCGUAUCAAAAGCUUUCACUCCCUUUUUCCGGUAUCCAUUUAGAAAUUCCCAUGACCUUGGGGAUAUUGAGGGGUUGUUUGUCCAUCCUUUCUAAUAGAUUCGAAAAUUCUAAAUUUUCUAAUGUCUGGAUCAUGAAGGAAUAUGGGAAUGAAAAAUCUUGGAUUAAAUUGUUAAGUGUUCCUCUCAUAAAAGAAUGUGGUCUUUACGACGGUUAUUCGAAGAUAUUAUAUAUUUCCGAGAAUGAUCAGUUGUUGGUGGAGUUCUAUAAGAUGGAGAACCGCGGUUUGGUUGUCUAUGAUUCUAUAAAUAAUAUUUUUACUAUUCUUAAAAUGCAAAGCAAUAUUCAUGGUCUUAAAGUGAGAUCACAUUUUUAUGUUAGAGAGUUUGGUAUCACCUUUUUAGGUGACCUGGUGUAG